AGUAGACGAUGGGUUUGGAACAAAAGUACAAGCCGUUUUGGGCUGCAAUUUCUAUUAUAGCUGCAUUCGUGUGUGUUCUGACGUCAUCUUGGCACAAUGAUAUGUCGACGGCAGCAUCGGUCGUCGUCAUAGUAAUUGGAGUAGUCAUUAUCCUAGUCACAGCUUCUUUCGUGCUAAUCGAGAGUACUGAAAGAGGGGACGAUGAUUGGAAAUGGAGAUUUGGCAAACAAGUAGUCGUUUGCGGAGUAAUUAUGUACUUGAUGGAUGAAUUUGGUGAAAGACAUCCUGAUAUCAUGUUAUUCGCAGCUUUGAUUUUUUCUGGUUUCUACAUCCACUUUACAGCUCAUACUUUCAGAUUCCUUAACGACUACGGAUUGAGCCAAGGCUUUGUAACAGUUGGGGCUACCGAUUUGGUUCAUUUAGAUGAGAGAAGGCUAUUGAAAAUGCUUGCCAUGGUUUUGGGGGCUGUUCUCCUAGCUUUGUACGCUUCAUUUGAAAAUUGGGAUGAUGGAACAAUUCCCGUGGUGCUAUCUGACAUUGAACAAGGAGGAGACGCCCCAAGACUCCCAACGACAACUGUAGAGGUGCCAGUUGAUGAGGAGGAGAAGAAGGACGAGCAGGAGGAGAAGGAGGGGGAUGGGGCUAAGGAUGAGACUGAGAGGGAGGUUGAGAGAAAGAAGGCUGAGGAGAUACAAAGAAGAAAUGAGAACUUAAGAAAAAGAAAGGCUGAUAUGAAGCAGGAUAAGGGUAAAGAUGAGGCUAAGGCUGAUCAAGACGAAGAACCGGGAUACAAAUCGGAGUGAGAAUGUUUCAAAGCAAGCCAUGCUUUUUGGCGGAUGGAAAAGAAAAGUAAAGUAAUUGUGAAUUUGAUUUAAGUCCGUGUGGUCUGUUGUUGUAUCUUUUUAUGUGUGCUUUAAAAAUAUUUUGUAUUUCAACUAAACAUUUCCAUUUCCGUAUCCAUAUCAUUUUGUUGUAAUUUGAAUCUAUUUCAGUUGUGAU